GGGAAAUACUGCCUUUGCCGGGACGGGAGCGGCGCAGGAUCAGGACAUGGAGUAUGCAGAGGCCAAGAAGGGGAAGAGGGGGUUCGUGUCGCCCAUCAAGCGGCUGGUUUUCCCCAAAGCCGCUCGCCGGCAGGCGCUCCGGAGCAGCUUCUACCGCCGCCCGCUGCACUCGGUCCCCCUCUACCCCCCAGAUUACCUCAUCGACCCCCAAAUCCUCCUGCACGACUACGUGGAGAAGGAGGCGAAGUUUCUAGGCCACUUGACGUGGGUGACCUCCUCUCUGAACCCCUCCAGCCGGGAUGAGCUGCUGCAGCUGCUGGACACAGCCAGGCAGCUGAAGUAGCUGCCGCUGAAGACCACGCCGGAGCAGGACAGCAUCCUGAGCCUGUCCGCCCGCUGCCUGCUGCUCACCUGGAGAGACAACGAGGAGCUCAUCCUCCGCAUCCCCACCCACGAGAUCGCCGCUGCUUCUUACCUGCGGGACGAUGCCUUGCACCUCCUCGUGCUGAAAACAGGUCUGGGUGUGGACCCGGUGCCGGCCGGGGGCAGCCUGGACAUGUACCCGGGGGGCAUCCUGGAGAAGAAGUUCCCAGGAGGGGCAGCGGAGAAGCGGCCGGGGGGCGGCACCAUGGAGCGCCGGCACACCAUCUGCAGCCUGGACUGGAAGAUGGCACGGGGCGGGCAGGAGGGCAAGCAGGCCGGGGGCGGCAGCCUGGAGCGCAAGCCGGCCGGCGGCAGCUGGGAGAAGCAGCGUGGCGCCCGGCCCUUCGGGAGCUGGGAGCGCCGGCAGACCCACGGCGGGAGCUGGGAGCGCCGGCAGACCUACAGCGGGAGCUGGGAGCGGGGCAAGGCGGGGGGCAGCUGGGAGCGCCGGCACGCCGGGGCCAACCCCCUGGAGCCCCAGGAGACCAGCCCCGAGGCCUACUGCAACCUGGUCAUCCUGGCCGUGGCCAACCGGGACGCGGCGGAGGAGUCCUGCGCGCUCAUCUGCCAGGUCUUCCAGAUCAUCUACGGCGACCAGAGCAUCGAGUGCGUGGACCGGGCCGGCUACCACUACACCUCCACGCCCGAGCGCCCCUGGCUCUACAGCCGCAGCAGCGGUGGCUGGAGAGCGGGGCCAGACGUGGGGCUGGCGCCUCCCCUCACCCCCGGGCUUCCUCCCCAGUUCAGCUGCUGCAGCUCCUUCAACGGCUCCCACGAGACCUUUGAAGCCUACUACAGCGGGACGUCCUCACCCUCCUUCCGGCAGUCGCAUCACAGCCUGGCCACGGCCUGCAGCGGGAGCGACCAGAGCAGCGUGGGGCUGGAGCAGCUGCAGGACUACAUGAUCACGCUGCGGAACAAGCUGUCUCCCCCGGAGAUCCAGGAGUUCGCCCUGCUGCUGCGGGAGUAUCGCCUGGGCAUGGCCGUGCAGGACUACUGCGCCGACCUCCUGCGGCUCUACGGGGACAAGCGCAAGUUCCUGCUCCUGGGCAUGCGGCCCUUCAUCCCCGACCAGGACAUCGGCUACUUCGAGGGCUUCCUGGAGAGCAUCGGCAUCCGGGACGGGGGCAUCCUGACCGACAGCUUCGGGCGCAUCAAGCGCAGCAUGAGCAACACGUCGGCCUCGGCCGUGCGCAGCUACGACAGCUGGUCCCUGCGCCCCGAGGCCGAGUCCUUCAACCGCCGCAUCACGGACAUCACGCACGACAUCGAGGCCCUGGCACGCGACCAGGGCGAUGGCGAGGAUGAGGAUGAGGAUGAGGAUGAGGACGAAGAGGACAACUACCUAUGAGGGGGGACCCUGCCCCUGCCUGCUUAUGGGAGGCUGAGCCCCCGGGCAUCCCAGGUGGCACCGGCUCGCACUCCCCUUCUGCCUGGGGCUGCCCAGGCUUUUAACCUUGCAGCUCCUGUGAUGCUGCCUGCUCUCUCCCUUGCACCGUCUGCCAUCAAGGACAAGGACAGGGAGCCGUAGCCCUUCCCUGAUGUGGCGGGAGCCCGUGAGGAUCCCUGCACGCUCCAGGUUGGGAGGAAGGGGCCGGCUGGAGCUGCUGCUUCUGUUCCAGGGGCCGUGGGGGGAGGUUGCAGGAGGGGGCAGCUGCUCUGUGCAGGCAGGCGGCUUUUGUUAGCGCUAAUUGGAUUCCCUCACACCCCCCUUGAGGGGAGCCCGGAGCCCCUGGGGUGGCACUGACAUGUGUGAUCAUUGAUGCUGCAUGCAAUUAAAGUCCGGGGCUGGCAGGCGGGUGCGGAGUGCUACGCAGGCCAGGCAGGGAGGUGAGAGGGGGGCCGAGGGGACCGUCUCCUUUGUGGGAUCAGGGAUGUCAUCUCUGCAGGCUGGGGCUGGCGGAGGGAGCGACCUGCUCUGCUUCACGCCCUCCUGCCUCAGGCAACGGGUUCUGCCCUGGGCCAAGUGCAGGGGGCUCUUGUUGGGGGGCACGGCCUGGACCCUAAAUGCUGGAGGCUGCGAGUGGAAGAGGAGCAGGGGGAAUCAGACCCAGCUCUCUCUCCCCACCAGCCUCAGCUCUCUGCUGCCCUGGGCGAGACAGACCCAGUCCCUGGCAGCUCUUAUGGGCUCGCAAGUCUCUGGGCUCCGGCAGCAGCAACCGGGGCAGGGAGCAGCUC